AUGGACGACAGCGAUGUGAUAGUCACUUUCCAGACAUUCGUCGGUGUCUUCAGUGACUUCUUGAUCGUCGCCAUACACACUAUCCUCUACGAACGCGACAUCUAUCCGCGCGAAUCUUUCCUCUCGGCAAAGAAGUACAACUACAGUGUCCGCCAAUCUCGCCAUCCCAAAGUCUGCCAAUGGAUCACCGAUGCCGUCGCCGCCGUCCAGACUGAGCUGUUGAAGGGAACUGUUGAUCGUGUAGCUCUUGUCAUAUACUCAGCCCAAGACAUGCCGCUUGAGCGUUUCGUCUUCGAUCUCAGCCGCUUCCCCUUCGUCCCCAAAGAAUACCACUUUACGCCCAUGUCAAGAACGACCGAUGAUGGAGAAAAUGUCGCUGUUCUACCUCGCGUCGACUUGGAAGAGCAGAUGCGUGCAACCAUGAGCCGACUAUCGACUUGUGGCUCUCGUCUGAAGCCUCUGCCUGAGAAUUGUACCUUCACUCUCGCAAUAGAACUGCGUGACAAUACAAGCCCUCCUAUCGGUCACCCCCAACCUUGGAUUCCUGCCCAGCCUGAUCUUCGCAAUACAAACCCAGAAGCUGCGAGAAAUAAUAGUCGGACCACACCAUUGCGAUCUGUAGCUGCUGGAGACAUGGUCUUUGAGACCUGGAUCGAAGAAGCAAAGGCGAAGCUCGAUCCUGCUUGA